AUGAUGAAAUUUCAGUUGACAUCAAAAUUUUGGUUCCUUAUAUUCAUUAUAUUGAAUUGUUUUCUUGCAGUAACAAGUUUUAUAUUAUUUGUCUUAAGUAUUAAAGCCGAGGAUAAUUUACUUAAAUAUAAAUUAAUAUUACAAUAUACAAUACCAGCUAUAUAUCCAACAGGAAUAUUUACAGGAAGUCUUGGUUUAAUAACAGCAUGUUUAGGAUUUAUUGGAUUAUGGAAACAAAUGAAUAUUUUAUAUCUUUUACAUGUCAUUUGUUUGUCCAUAGCAACAAUCAUCAAUCUAUGUAUAGCUAUUGUAUCAAUGAUAACUGAUCAACAAUUUUUUAUAAAUGCUAAACAAGCAUUAGAUACUACUAUUAAAUAUUAUUAUAAGAAUGAUGAAUAUGCAGAUGAAUUUGAUGAGUUACAUACAAAAUUUUUCUGUUGUGGAGUUAAUUCGUAUGCUGAUUUUAAAAAAGCUAAAGUAUUAAUACCAUUCUCAUGUAGAGUUGGUCAGUAUGUUUAUGCAAGAGGGUGUUUUGAUGAAUUAAGCGAAUACAUACAAUAUUACAUAACACUAUUAUCAUCAAUUUGUUUUACUACAUCAUUUAUCUAUGCUGUAUUCAUAGGUGUAUCAAUUAGAAAUCUUCGUAAAUCAAUUAAAGGAAUAAAUUCAUCUUCAUAA